AUGGAAGGAGAUUCUGAUAGAAAGGUCAGUCCCGAAAGAGAUGAAAAAGAAACAGAAAAAGCUAUGAAGGGGAAUCAAAAAGCUUUCUCUGUUCCACUCUACAGUAUUUUCUCUUUUGCAGAUUCCCUUGAUUGCCUUCUCAUACUUGUGGGAACACUUGGAGCAGUUGGAACUGGUCUUGUCCUUCCCAUCUACGCUUUAGUCUUCUCUGAAACUCUGUACGAAAUAGGUUCAAGUACUGGUAAACCUGAGUAUGCCUUGUAUACAGUUUACCUUGCUAUUGCGGCUUUUGCAGUUGGAUGGGCAGAGAGACAGACUACAAGGAUGAGAUACAAAUAUCUAGAAGCCAUAUUGAAGCAGGAUGUGGCAGUGUUCGAUACACAGAUAAGGACUGGAGCUAUUCUGGAUAGCUUUUCUACCGAUUUUCUUCUUAUCCAAGAGUCUCUUGGUGAUAAGAUGGCCAGCUUUAUGUCCCAUCUAACAACAGUAGUUGCUGGGCUUGCUUUAUCACUGAGAUAUGCAUGGCCUGUGGGUCUAGUUGUCCUUGCCAUUGUACCACUGGUCGUCGCAGUAGGGGCUUCCUAUGCAUCUCUUCUCUCCAAGGUGACUUAUAAAGCUCAAACAGCAUCCGGAGUCGCGGCAACCAUUACUGAAGAAGUGCUUUCACAAAUUCGAACUGUUUAUUCCUAUGUUGGGGAGUCUAAGGCCAUGGCAUCUUAUUCAAAGAUGUUAAAAUCUACAGUUAAGUUGGAGUACCAAGAAGGACUGGUUAAGGGUGUUGGAAUGGGUGCUGUAAUGGCCAUAUCUUAUAGUUCGUGGGCUCUGCUUUGCUGGUAUGGAGGAAUCCUAACGAGGAAAGGCAUUUAUAAACCUGCAGAUAUUUUGUCUUCGCUUUUAAAUAUGCUUUUUGGAGUAGUAGCCAUAGGGUACGCGGUAUCAAGCCUAACUUUCAUAGUAAAGGGAGUGGCUGCUUAUAAAAAAAUAAUGGAGAUCAUUAACCAGACACCAAUCUUAAAAGACAAUAUGAUUGAUGGGCCUGAAGCAGAUCAACUGGAAGGCAUCAUCAAAUUUAAGAACGUUUGCUUCAGCUAUUCUUCACGUCCAGAUGCCAUUGUUUUACACGAUUUUAACUUGCUAAUACCAGCAAGAAAAACACUAGCUCUUGUUGGUGGCAGUGGCUCGGGAAAGACCACUGUAAUUUCUCUUCUAGAAAGGUUUUAUGAACCUACUCAAGGACAAAUACUAGUAGAUGAGCUUGACAUUAAAAGACUCAAUACAAAGUGGCUAAGGCAACAGAUAGGGCUGGUAAGUCAAGAGCCUGUUCUCUUUUCAAUAAGCAUAAAGGAAAACAUACUGUAUGGAAAGGAGGAUGCUAAUGAAGAAGAAGUGAUGGCGGCUGCAAAGGCUUCCAAUGCACAUGAUUUUAUUACCAACUUCCCUGAAGGGUAUAAUACCAAGGUAGGGGAAAGAGGAGCACAACUUUCUGGGGGGCAGAAACAAAGAAUUGCACUGGCAAGAGCAAUUUUGAAGAAUCCAAAGAUAUUACUUUUGGAUGAGGCCACCAGUGCCCUCGAUUCUGCUUCUGAGCGUCUUAUUCAGCUGACUCUCAAUGAGCUUAUGAUUGGCAGAACAACGGUGGUGAUAGCACACCGCUUAUCUACUAUUAAGAAGGUCGAUACCAUAGCUGUUAUGAAAGAUGGGUGUAUUGUUGAAAUGGGAAGCCAUGAUCAACUAAUGGCCAAAGAGGAUGGAGGCGCAUAUUUUUCUCUAAUAAAUUUGCAGGCACCAGAUUACUCUAAUAAUGACACAGAGCAGACGUUACAAGUAAUGCCAAAUUUAAGGUAUAUAUAUAAAUAG